AGUACCACGGUUGUUUUUAAAAUGACAUAAGGCGAGUUAGGAACUCUUAUUCCAAACCUUGGAAGAACAUCAAUGCCUCUCAACCUUCUCCGUUCCAUAAACGUUUCCAUUGGAAUGGCUUCAUAUUCUUCCCGAGCAAAACAUGGGGCAGUCUCUGUCAGAUGAGGCUAAGCCUCCUUCCAAGGAAGAAAUCACAGCAGAUCUGGCAGAGAAGUUCGCCCGCAAAUGUUUCGAGCCCCUCGAGCUUUAUUCUUUCAAACACAACUUUAGAUCUCUCGCCGACCACGAACAAAAUGUGCGGUAUCUUAAGGAGGACACUAUUGCCCGCUUUCUCGAGCUUCCGGACAUCCUCGCUGUCUCACCCGUCGUGUUUCACAUGCUGUCGUGUAUUGCUGCCUUCCCAUUCCUCCAAGAUGCCCCGGUAAUCCUAGGCUUCGAACAGAUGAUUAUGGUUGUGGCCAUAAUGACCGAGCGGUAUACCAAGAUAUUAGCGAGAGGCAAUUGUAGCAGGAGGAAAUUGCUUUUCAAGAGCUUAGCUGUGUACGACCGAAAGCUAUCCGAGAUCGAGAAACAGCGGAAUAGCACAGUAUCGGAACAAAGUCCUAGAAAUUGUGUGCCUGGAUUUGCCGUUGACGAGGUCGGCGACGAACUGGACGAUGACGCAGCGGACGACGACGAGCUUGUCUUUGCUGCAUUGCACUCAUUAGAUAUCAACGAUGCUUUCAAGGCAGGCGAUUCGUACGCCGCUACUACGCAUGGGGCCAUGAUCCCUGCAGACAAUUUCAGAAAGCUGAUCAUGCUACUGCUUCUAGUAUCUCCGUUAGAUGCGCAAGAGAACCUAUCUAGCUACGCGCAUCGGGUCAUCGGCACGGAACUCGAGGACCUGAGGGCAACAGCCGAGAAUAUCUUGUCAGCCUUCAUUAAUGUGGAGAAAUCGCCUGGCAUUACAUAUCCCCGGUUCAAGAAUGCUCUCCCAUUUAAUUUCCCCUUUCUCUUUGAUGGCUUUAAUCCUCUCUUCGAGCACUUCCUUUUUGCCAAGGACCUCGACUUUUCUAAAAGAAAAGAUGGCCUGUCUAAGGCCAUAUCUCCCGCGGUUGUGCAGCCUCCCCUGCUUCAGGAGGAAGGUCAGAUCCUCACUCUAAGUAUUUUGUCUCAGCUGUCAUUCUUCAUUAGUGGCAACGAGCUAUUUCGACGUUUGCGUUUGUUAUACUCGGGCUCGGAAGCCGGGUUCUCCAUGGGUAGCUUUGAAACAAAGGUCUUCAACUGGCGUGCGCCGACUAUCCUGCUGGUAUCGGGGACUAGGCUUUCGGAUUCUCCAAGUAGCGGUGGGUCAGAAGGGAACUUCAAUGGCUCUCUACCUCCAAAACGGUUUCCGAAUGGAAGUUCUCCCGAUCGUGACCGCUUAGUAUUCGGGGCGCUCGUUAGACAACCAUGGCGACAUACCCAUAGGGAAUGCUUCGGAGGCGAGAAUAUGUUAUUAUUUCAACUUGCCCCAAUUCACGAUGUUUUCCCGGCUUCGUCUAUAAACCGCGAUUAUGUAGCUUUUGCGAAACCGCCAGCCGCCAACCCGGGAAUCAACUUCGGCUGCCCGCAUCCGAAGGUGAGCCAGUCGUCGCGCAACCAACCGCUCCGACAUCUGGGGCCUGUGUCACUUGUUGUUGAUUCGAGUUUUGAAUAUGGAGUUUUCACUCACGAUUAUGCAUCCCGUGGCGGUGCAUUCGUAACUAGUGCAUCUCGGAAAUACAAUUUCCAGGAACGUUUCCAAGUCGACGAAAUUGAAGUAUGGGGUUGUGGUGGCGACGAGGAGGCAAGGGUACAAAGAGAGAGGUGGGAAUGGGAGGCUCGGGAGGCCGAAGCCAGGAGAAGAGUCAAUCUAGGCACGGGUGACAUCGCUGCAGAUCGGGCGUUACUUGAAAUGGCAGGGCUGGUCGGCGCAAAUAGGAGUGGGGGGUCGAUGGCUUGAUUUACAACAAGGCCAAAACAGUAUCAGAAGUCAUGGGCAUUGGUCAUACGGCUGUAUGGCUUUUUGAGGCCAAGUCUACCAUACGAGCAGCGAACACAAAUUUAAACGAGUUAACUUGAUUAUUGUUUGGUAUAUACAAUGGCAUGAAGCAUG